UUUCAGUAUGUGAACUCUAAUUCUUUAGUGUAAAUGAGUGUACUCUUAAUGCCUGCAAUAUUCUUAUUAAUUGUGACUGGACAUAGCUCUCGCGUGGUACGUAGACUCUGGCGUGUGCCCACUUACGUCCUGAGAUCCAAAUAUUUUUCUUUAUAGUAUAAGUAAGUCGUAUAACACUUCGGAAACACUUAUUAUAUAGUUUCUUAAAUUUUAUUUAACUAGAGAUUUAUUUGUUUAUUUUAUCCUAUUAUCCGGAUAUAAAUAUAUUCCACAAUUAUAUCUCCACCUAUAGUUCAGGGAAGUCCCAGCUUCAAGAGAAAACAUAAUCUUAGAACUUGUCAUUAAUCAAACAAAAAUGUGUGCAUUAGUCCCUCCAUUGUUCCCAAACUUUGGGUGGCCGUCGACAGGAGAGUACGAGAGUAACUACCUGGCCGGAGUGAACCUCGAGGACUUUACGUUUCUUGAUUUUCCGGCACCAGAGACAUAUGGAGUGGAACAUCAUCAGGAGAUUCAGGAAAUGUUGGGGGUCUCUGUUCCGUCCGAGGGGAAUGGAGUUGUAACCAAGAAGCUUAAUCACAAUGCUAGUGAGCGUGACCGUCGCAAGAAGAUCAACUCUUUGUUCUCGUCUCUCCGUUCAUGUCUCCCAGCUUCUGAUCAAACGAAGAAGCUAAGUAUUCCUCAGACGGUUUCUCGGAGCUUGAAGUACAUUCCAGAGCUGCAAGAGCAAGUGAAGAAGCUAAUACAAAAGAAGGAAGAACUCUUGGUGCGAGUAUCAGGUCAAAGAGCCAUUGAACAUUAUGUUGAGCCGCAGCCAAAGGCCGUUGCACGUUACGUCUCGACCAUUUCUGCGACUAAGCUUGGAGACAACGAAGUGCUGGUCCAAAUCUCAUCGUCCAAGAAUCAUAACUUUUCGAUAUCUAAUGUGUUGAGUGGGUUAGAAGAAGAUGGGUUUGUUCUUGUUGAUGUUUCAUCUUCCAGGUAUCAUGGAAAAUGGCUCUUCUACUCUUUGCAUCUUCAAAUGGGAAAUAAAGAUAAUCACAAACUGAAGUGCGAAGAGCUAAGCCAGAGAAUUUUGUACUUGUAUGAGGAAUGUGAAAACUCAUUUAGAUGAUAAUUUGUUAUUGUUUCUUUUAGUUAAAAGCUAAGAGACCGUAUCUUAUAUUACGCUAAGAGACCCAAUUUAAGAAACCUGCAAUAAACAUGCUCUAACAUCCAUGUAGUCAAGUUGUUUCGUUUAUUUUUCUUGUCGAAGUCAAUGAUCGAUUAUUACAUUUACAUGCUA